CAGAGUCCCCAGAAGUUCACUCACAUCAUGACUGUCGGAGGAGAAACUGGUGAUAGAGAGGACAAGGAAACCCUGAAGGAAGAUGAAGACCGUGGCCACUGGAGAAACCCGCUGGAAUUUCUCUUAUCCACACUGGGCUAUGCCAUCGGUAUGGGAAGCCUCUGGCGGUUUCCAUAUUUGGUGAUGAGAAACGGAGGAGGUGCCUUUUUAAUUCCCUACAUUAUAUUUGCUGCGAUAUUUGGAUUCCCCCUAUUUUUCAUGGAGUCCGCAUUAGGACAAUACUUCCAACAGAGUCCCAUCCGGGUCUUUGACAUCUGUCCCCUGUUUAAAGGUAUCGGCGUCGUGAUGUGUAUGGUCUCUGUUCUGGUCCCCGUGUAUUACAUGACUGUCAUAGCCUGGGCACUGUACUUCCUGUACAACGCCUUCUCGUCUACAUUGCCUUGGACGACGUGUGGAAACAUCUGGAACACUAACUCCUGUAUGCCGCUGACGUCACUCGGGAAUGACUCCUUCAACGCUUCAGGACUGGUGUUCACAAAGCCUGUACUGUCCACAGAAGAAUUCUGGGAGAACAAGGUGUUGGGUAUUACAGAAGGAGUGGAGGACGUUGGAUCAGUCCAAGGACAUUUAGCCUUAGCACUGCUUGUGGGAUGGUGCUGUAUAUUCAUCUGCAUAUUUAAGGGAAUCGAAUCGUCUAGAAUAGCUGUAUACAUCACGGCCACUAUCCCGUUUAUCCUGCUGAUCAUCCUAUGCGCCUGGUCGUCCUCAUUCCCGGGCGCCACAGACGGAAUGCUGAUCUAUAUCACUCCGAGGUGGGACAAAAUGAAAAAUUACCAGGUAUGGGUGGAAGCAUUCAUCCAAGUCUUCAACUCACUCGGCCCAGCGUGGGGAGGUCUCAUCACACUGUCUAGCUUCAACCCCUUCCGCCAUAACUGUGUGAGCCUGACUCUAGACACAAUGUGA